CCAGCAUUUGCCAUUCCCACAGUGUUGCUGCAUGGAGAAGGAAAAGCCCUGGAGAUCCCUCAGGAGGAGGGGCUGCAAACCCAGCCCAGGGAGCUGCGGGGAGGAAAGAGCCCCCCUGAGCCAGGAAGGCGGCCGGAGAUCCAGGCAGAGCUCAGAGCUGGUGGAGAAGCCUCAUGGCAGGGAGAAGCCCCUCAAAUGCUUGGAAUAUGGGAAGAGUUUCAGGUGGAGUUCAGAGCUGACCCAGCACCAGGUGAUCCACACGGGGGAACGGCCCCACACCUGCUUGGAAUGUGGGAAGAGCUUUGGGUUGAGCUGCAAUCUGAGAAGACACCAGCUCCUCCACACAGGGGAGAGGCCCUACGAGUGUCCCCAGUGUGGGAAGAGGUUUCAGACCAGCUCCAGUCUCCUCCUACAUGAGCGGAUUCACACAGAGGAGAGGCCCUUCCGCUGCCCCAACUGCGGGAAGGGCUUCAAGCACAACUCCACCCUCACCAUCCACCGGCACACCCACACUGGGGAGAGGCCCUACGAGUGUGGGGAGUGUGGGAAGAGCUUCUCCACGAGCUCUCAUUUGACCCAACACCAACGGAGACACCACUAAGGGAAGCCCUGUGAGUGCCCCGAGUGUGGGAAGAGCUUCGUGCGCUGAUCCAGCUCCAUCCCCCAUGGGAGGAUCCACGUUGGAUGAUCCCCAGUGACCCCCAUUGGGCAGAGCCCUGGUGACCCUUUAUUGGGAAUAAAACAGAGAGUGAAACAAUGGAGUUGAUAAUGGGGCCUGAUAUCUCAGGCCUGAUGGAGCAGAAACUGUGGCAGACACAGGCACCAGUAAAGGCUCCCUGGACAAGAAGUGACCAAGAAACAUGUUGUGAGACUUUGUGAUAAGAUAAUGUUACCAGGUGAUGUGAUGUCAUGAAGAAUGUGUAACCAAUAGGAAAUUGUUACCAAAACUAGAGCCUUAUAUAGGCACCAUUCAAGUAAAACUCUCUAUAAACCCCUGGUAUGCUCAAUGAAAUUGGCUUCUGAUCUAAA